AAAGCAUAUAAUAUAUUCAUCAACUCUACUUUCGCUUUGCCAUAAUUAGCAAGCUAGAAGCAAGUUAAUUAUGGCUUCCAAAUUGAUAUGUUUUUUGGUAAUCUUUUCUCUAACAUCACUUUUUAUGGGUGCUUCUAAUGCUUGGCUUAUGCAGCCAGACUUUUAUGCCUCUAGUUGCCCUAAUGUUGAACAAAUUGUGUACAAUACUAUGAAGCAAGCCGUUAGUAAGGAACCACGUAUGGGUGCAUCUAUUCUUCGCUUGUUCUUCCAUGAUUGCUUUGUCAACGGUUGUGAUGCAUCUGUACUCCUAGAUGAUACACCAACAUUUACAGGGGAGAAAACUGCUAAAGCAAAUGCAAACAACUCAAUAAGGGGUUUUGAAGUGAUUGAUGCAAUCAAGUGUAAUCUUGAAGCUGCUUGCCCCCAAACUGUAUCGUGUGCAGACAUUCUAGCUCUUGCAUCACGAGACGGAGUUAGAUUGUUAGGAGGGCCCACAUGGAAAGUACCACUAGGUAGAAGAGAUGCAAGAACAGCAAGCCUAAGCUUGGCAAACCAAAACCUUCCACCCCCACGUUCAAGCCUUGCUAACCUCACUUCCCUCUUUGCAAGACAAAACUUAAACAUCAACGAAAUGACCGCCCUCUCCGGCGGCCACACCAUCGGCCUCGCUCGUUGCAUCAACUUCCGACCCCACAUUUACAACGACACCGACAUAGAUCCCACCUUUGCAGCCACUCGCCAAGCCAACUGCCCUAAACAAGCUGGGAAUGGAGACUUCAACUUAGCCCCUCUUGAUCGUCAAACACCAAACAAAUUCGACAACGAUUAUUUUCAAAACCUUGUUCAAAAACGCGGUCUAUUACAUUCGGAUCAAGAGCUUUACAAUGGUGGUUCUCAAGAUUCCUUGGUGAAGAAGUAUAGUACUAAUCAAGCUGUUUUCUUUCAAGAUUUUGUUGCAGCGAUGAUCAAGAUGGGGAACAUUAAGCUUCUUACUGGUACUAAAGGAGAGAUUAGAAAGAACUGUCGCGUUAUCAAUUAGAUUAUUGUUAAUAUCAUCAGUUUAUUUCAUAAUUCUGGUUUUAAUUACACUUGUACGUACUAUAUAUAAAUGGAAAUUUUGUGAAAAA